AUGGGGGUUACUCUUCAGACACUCGCUAUUUCUGCUCUAGCCAUUACAGGCUAUGCCUCUCCUUUAGUCUACCCCCGGGCAGCAAACACAUCCUAUACAAACUCCAACGGCUUGACAUUCAAUCACUUCAACGGUUCUCUUCCUAAUGUGACCAUCCUAGCCACUGGCGGCACCAUCGCCGGCACAAGCGACGACAAAACCGCAACAGCAGGUUACAAAUCCGGCGACUUAGGAAUCAACACCCUCCUCUCCGGGAUACCAGAUAUCUUCAAUGUCGCCAACAUCGCCGCCGUCCAGGCACACAACGUCAACAGCGGCGACAUCUCCUCAUCCCUCCUCCUAAACCUCACCCACACACUCCAGACACAAGUCUGCGAUGAUCCAACCAUCUCCGGAGCCGUCAUCACCCACGGCACCGACACCCUCGAAGAGUCCGCCUUCUUCAUCGACGCCACAGUAAACUGCGGCAAACCAAUUGUAUUCGUCGGCUCGAUGCGGCCUUCUACGGCUAUCUCCGCGGAUGGACCCAUGAACCUCCUGCAGGGAGUAACCGUCGCUGCAGACAAGAACUCCAGAGACCGUGGAGCACUAGUUGUUCUGAACGACCGUAUUGUCUCCGCUCUCUUUGCAACAAAGACAAGUGCGAACACUAUGGAUACCUUCAAGGCGUAUGAGCAGGGAAGUCUGGGAUUCAUCGUGUCGAAUAAACCGUACUUCUAUUACCCGGCUGUGCAGGCAAAUGCUAAGCACGUGGUUGAUGUGUCCAAUGUGGAUGCCGUGCCUCGUGUGGAUAUCCUGUAUGCCUAUGAGGAUAUGCAGGUCGAUUCGAUUUAUAGUGCUGUGAAGAAUGGUGCGAAGGGUAUCGUGAUUGCUGGCGAGGGCGCUGGUGGUGUUUCCACCGAUUUCGGUUCUGCUAUCAAUGACAUUGUCGUGAAGCACAACAUCCCCGUUGUGUUGUCACACCGUACUGUGAACGGUGAAGUCCCCACUGCUGAUUUCACCGGGGAGAGCGCGAAGACCAAGAUUGCCAGUGGGAUGUUCAACCCCCAGCAGUCGAGGAUUCUGCUUGGGUUGUUGUUAGCUGAGAAGAAGGAUCUCAAGGAGAUCCGAGAGGUGUUCUUGAAGGCUACUGUUGCGUGA